AUGGAUAUGUCUAUGUCAAUGACCCCUACCACGUCGAUGUCUUCAGCGAUGGCCUCUUCAACCGCGAUGUCGGGUAUGAGUAUGGGAGGUGCCUCCUGCAAGAUCUCAAUGACCUGGAACUGGUACACUGUCGGUGCAUGUUUCAUUUCCAAGAGUUGGCAAGUCACCUCCUCUGGCAUGUUCGCAGGCUCUUGUAUCGGUGUCAUCUGCCUGGUCAUCUCUCUUGAAUUCCUCCGUCGAGUACAACGCGAAUACGAUUCUUGGAUUCGACGACAAGACAUGAAAGCCGCAGAUUCUUACGCUCGUCGACAUGCGCCAAAUGGGAUCCCGUCCUCAUCCGAGCAGGAGAGAUCUCAUAGCAAGCAACCCAUCGUCGGCUGGGCCUUGAACGGCAUGACUGCUCUUCCGACUCCUCAUAUCAAUCGAGGAACACUAUUUCAACGCCAGUUCGUCCGGGCGCUGAUACACAUGGUCCAAUUCGGUGUGGCGUACUUCAUCAUGUUGUUGGCAAUGUACUAUAAUGGGUACAUUAUCAUCUGCAUCAUCAUCGGCGCAUUUUUGGGCUCAUUUAUCUUCAGCUGGGAUCAGCUUCUGAAUGAAAUCAAGUAG